AUGCGACCUUCUCUCCUCGGCCGUGUCACAAUUCUGUUUCUUUCUUCUUCUUUUCUUUUUCUUUUUCUUUUCCUUUUUCUUUCCUUUCCUUUUUCUUUUUUUUUUACUUUUCUUUUUCUUUUUCUUUUUCUUUUCUUUUUCCUUUCCUUUUUCGUUUCUUUUUCUUUUCUUUUUCUUUUUUCUUUUCUUUUUAUUUUCUUUUUUCUUUUGUUUUUCUUUUUCUUUUUCCUUUCCUUUUUCGUUUCUUUUUCUUUUUCUUUUCUUUUUCUUUUUUUUCUUUUCUUUUUAUUUUCUUUUUUCUUUUCUUUUUCUUUUCUUUUUUUUUUUCUUUUUCUUUUCUUUUUUCUUUUCUUUUUCUUUUUCUUUUCUUUUCCUUUUUCUUUUCUUUUUCUUUUUCUUUCUGCGACGGCGUGCUUUUCAAACAAACUAGGCCCAACAAGAUUUCCCUGCCCUUCAAUCCAAUGCCGUACAGUCUGCCAAAGAAAAAGCAAUAUGGCGACUGCAGGCCGUGAUGACCAUCUGAUCACGCGAAACUCUUUAUUCUUUAAACUUGUGAAGCAGAAGGUUUACCCCACCUGA